AGGCAUCGGGCCCCCAGGCGGAGCGCGGUGGGCGCCAGACCCCCAGGCAGAGCGACAGGUCUCGGGCCCCCAGGCGGAGCGGCGGGCGCCGGACCCCCCAGGCGGAGCGACAGGUCCCGGGCCCCCAGGCGGAGCGGCGGGCGCCGGGCCCCCAGGCGGAGCGACAGGUCUCGGGCCCCCAAGCGGAGCGACAGGUCUCUGGCCCCCAGGCGGAGUGGCGGGCGCCGGACCCCCAGGCGGAGCGACAGGUCGACAGGUCCCCCGGGCCCCAGGCAGAGCGGCGGGCGCCGGACCCCCAGGCGGAGCGACAGGUCUUGGGCCCCCAGCGACAGGCACCGGGUCACCAGGCACGACAGUGGGCUCCGAGUCAACUGGCAUGACCGCUGGCACUGGGUCAGACAAUGGAUCGUCUGGCUGGACAGCGGGCAUCGGGUCACCAGGCAUCAGGUCAUUUGGCUCGAC